AUCUGGGUCUGCCAGGUCUGCAGGCCCAAUGAAAAUGGAAAGAAACUGCUGCAUAAGAAAGCCGAUCAGAUCAAACGUCGAUAUGCAAAGCCAAUGGGGAGGCCCAGAAAUAAGCUCAAACAAAGAAUGUAAGUUUAUCACCAUGAUCUGUAAAUAUUGUCUUUACUUUAGUGUACCAAUAAAUGGUUGCCUCAAGGAAAUCCACCAGCUUUUUAUCGCAAUAUUGUUGUUGUUGAGUUGUUAUGACUAUGUUAUUUUCAUAAACUUCAGCUUUGUUUAGCUUUUGAUUCAUACCAUAGUUUGUGUCCUUGCCUAACCUCUAUGCUGUUUUCUUUUGUAGGUCUGUAAGCGGUGGUGACGGCUCCAUGCUAGCCCGGGGAGGAAGGGGGUCACCUGGUAGGGGUCAAAAGCUUACCGUCUGUUCCACACCUUCAUCUGGUCAUGCAGCAUCUGUGAAGGACGCCACAGACAGAUUGGCUGUUGCUACAUCAGACCCCUGUUGGGCCGGUGACGCUGUCACCUUCACCACCCAAUUCACCACCUCCUCCUCCACCCCUUCCACCACCCCCCCCCUCACGCCCACCUCGUCCUCCUCCACCCCAGCAGCUACACUCACUGUUAACAAGAAAACCAAAGGGCUUAUCGAUGGGCUUUCCAAAUUCUUUACCCCCUCGCCUGUCGGCCGCAGGUCGUCGCGAGCCAGCGAAAUCUUAGACCCCUCUGCCCUGAAAGGGUCACAGUCUUGUUGUCCUGCUAGGAAAAAGCCGGGCCCUCCGCCGAAACUAUGGAAACUCAGUCCGUCUCAGUCAGUUGUUGGCUUGGCUGCAAAGUCCGAUACAACUCCAAGUCAAAAGCUAACCACCACCACCCUAUCUCCCUGUACACUCCCUCUCCCACCCACGUCGCUUGGACAUAGCCCCACCACCUCCCAGGUCUCCUCCAGCUCCACCUCCGCUAACUCCCCCCAGAGUUCUUCCAGCCAGUCUAGCGUCCCCUCCAUCACUAGUCUCUCUAAUCACAACCAACUUAAGGGACUCUUUGAUGGACUCUCCCAUAUCUAUGCCACUCAGGGACAAUCUCGGAAAAAGGGACUGCCUUGCUACGCACCACCAAGGCGCAGACACCGUAAGCAGGACUUAGGGUCCUGUGCCACCGCGUCCAAAACGUGUCCUCUCAUUCCCCAUCCUUCCCAACAGCGCCUCGGAAAGAAAGAGAUGACAAAGAAUAGGUUGUUGUUGUUGUCUUCCCACUCCUCCUCCCAUCUCGGGCCGGGCCGGCCCAGGGGGCGCCCCUUUAAGGUGGUCAGUCACUUCAGACGUAAUCCCUUUUUUAAAAAGCACAGGACGCUAGGCAGGCUAAGAUGUAGAGUUACCCCUCAGAAGGGACCCCAGGAAACACCAGGAAAGGGAGACAUGACAGACGAAGGAAGAAUUAAGGCAGAGCACGACCAUGGUAAGCAAAGGCGUGAACGCUCCGACCGAAACUACCAGAGUCUACCUUCGCUAGUUGAAAUCUUUUUU